GCGGCGCCGGCGGCCGCGGCGGCUUGUCCCCGAGUCUCGCUCCGGCCGCGGUCCGCGGAGUCCCGGGCUGGGGCAGGAGCCGCAAUGUCUCAGGCUGUGCAGACAAACGGAACUCAACCAUUAAGCAAAACAUGGGAACUCAGUUUAUAUGAAUUACAACGAACACCUCAGGAGGCAAUAACAGAUGGCUUGGAAAUCGUGGUUUCACCUCGAAGUCUGCACAGUGAAUUAAUGUGCCCAAUUUGUUUGGAUAUGUUGAAGAACACCAUGACUACAAAGGAGUGUUUACAUCGUUUUUGUGCAGACUGCAUCAUCACAGCCCUCAGAAGUGGCAAUAAAGAAUGUCCUACAUGUCGGAAAAAGCUAGUUUCCAAAAGAUCACUAAGGCCAGACCCAAACUUUGAUGCACUCAUCAGCAAAAUUUAUCCAAGUCGUGAUGAAUAUGAAGCUCAUCAAGAGAGAGUAUUAGCCAGGAUCAACAAGCACAAUAACCAGCAAGCACUCAGUCACAGCAUUGAGGAAGGACUAAAGAUACAGGCCAUGAACAGAUUACAACGAGGCAAGAAACAACAGAUUGAAAAUGGCAGUGGAGCAGAAGACAAUGGCGACAGUUCUCACUGUAGCAAUGCAUCCACACACAGCAACCAGGAAGCAGGGCCUAGUAACAAACGGACCAAAACAUCAGAUGAUUCUGGGCUCGAGCUUGAUAACAACAAUGCAGCAGUGGCCAUCGAUCCAGUAAUGGAUGGUGCUAGUGAAAUUGAGUUAGUAUUCAGGCCUCAUCCCACACUGAUGGAAAAAGAUGACAGUGCACAGACCAGAUAUAUAAAGACUUCUGGUAAUGCCACUGUUGAUCACUUAUCCAAGUAUCUGGCUGUGAGAUUAGCUUUAGAAGAACUUCGGAGCAAAGGAGAAUCAAACCAGAUGAACCUUGAUACAGCCAGUGAGAAGCAGUAUACCAUUUACAUAGCAACAGCCAGUGGGCAGUUCACUGUAUUAAAUGGCUCUUUUCCUUUGGAAUUGGUCAGUGAGAAAUACUGGAAAGUGAACAAACCCAUGGAACUUUAUUAUGCACCCACAAAGGAGCACAAAUGAGCUUUUACUAAAACCAAUCUGGAGAAUGAACUUUUUUAUAGCCUAUUUCUUUAUUAUUAAAGAUGUAUCAUCAUUACUUUUAUGGACAGUAUCUUGGAUAUGUUGUUCAGCUUUCUUCCUGAGCCAGCCUUGUUUACACUAUUAGAAUCUUUUCCCCUUAAUUUAAGAUUUCCUUUUUGGAAGGGAUUGCAGUUAUUCAGAACUUAUUCUUUCCUUUUAAAAAUAUAUCUAAGUUGUAUGUCUUUACAAAGUAUGGUUUCAUUUGGAGUACCAUUUGACCCAGGAACUUUCAUAGUUCUGUAUUCUUUUUUUUUAAUCCUCAUCUGAGGAUAUGUUUUUAUCAAUUUUUAGAGAGAGCAGAAGGGAAGGGGAGAGAGAGAGACAUUGAUCAGUUGUCCUAUACUGUCCCGCCUGGAGGUGGAAUCUGCCACCUAGGUAUGUGCUCUGACCAGGAAUUGAACAUGCAACCUUUUGGUAUACGGGACAACGGGACAGUGUUCUAACCAGUUGAGCCACCAGCCAGGGCAUGGUUCUCUAUUCUUAAGAUUCAGUUGGCCAUCCCUUUUCCUCCCUUCAAAAGUUUAGGCCUUACAGAAUGUGAAAUAAUAUGUAUUUUGAUGUUUUUUCCUGGAGUCUUGUAUAUUUAUAGUUUUCUAUAUAAGCUGUAGUAUCUUAUGAAGACCAAGGCUCAAAUUUACUGUGUUUAAAAAUCAAUUCUCAUAGGAUUAUUGUUUUCAUGGUAUUUUUUUCCAUAAUAUCUCAUUUUUUAAAAAAAGAUUCCUUAUGAACUUAGUGUCUAUUGUCAUGCAAUGUUAUUUUUUUCCUUUUUUCUCCCCUCUAAUUUUGGAAUUUCUGAUUUUGGGAAAGAGAAUCAAAUAAAAUCUCAAGUUCAGUGAGAACUUGGUUCAUUUACAGAUUUCACUGAAGAAAGUAAUAUUAUAUUGGUCUUAUGUAGUCUCCAAGUAUAUAUUUAAAGAAGUCUUUUUUUGUAUUAGUUUUUCUGUCACUUCAGUUCCUUUAUUAUGUAUGUUUGAUGAUUUUUCCUAUUAAAAUACCAGAGAUAUGGAGAUAUUUUGCACUUUAGCCUUGAUGAAAAAGUACAAGAUAUGUUCAAAGCCUCCCCAAUUCUUUUUAAGUGGUUAACUAUGUAAGUGAAGAAUAACGUGACACACAGAACUAAUAGUGGGGAAAAAAUGUUUGCCUUUGUUUGAAAAGUGUUUCGUUUUUGGGUUGCCGUAUAUAGGGUUAUUAAGUUGGUGCUCUGCUUGUUACACUCUGGAGAAGCAAGUUAACAGAGCUUGAGCCCUGCCUUGAUAUGCAGUAAAAGGUAAUUCUGUAGAAGAAUGUUAGCCAGAGGGUAAGUCAUUCUCUUCUUAAUUUGGUUUUAUAUUGAGGGACAGUGUUCGUCGUUUGGACCCAGAAGGCUUUAUGAUGGCAGGUCAGAAAUAAGAUGGACUUGUGUGUUAUUUCUCAUCCCUGUUCUGAUUACAGGUAUGUUUCCAAGUUGAUAUCACAGUAUUUACAAAGACCUGUUUGCAUUGAGAAAGUAACCCUAAAGGGUUUAUGCCAGGGGAGACUAGUCCUCUAAAACCAUUGUAAUUAAAACCUAACUAGUCAUUAUAACUAUUUCUGUCAUUUUUGACAGAUUGGGGCCAGCGUGAGGUUUUAAAUCUUGAGCCCAAUUUGAACACUUGACAGCGUAUUCAGUUUUUUACCAUUUUACUGAAAAUAUUUAAAAUUUGUUUUUAUAGUUCUUUUGGUAAUCUGUGUCAUAAAAUUUGAAAACCACCAAAAAUCAAGGGAAAUUUUGUAUUCAAUUACUUUUUCUGGUGUAAUGUUACAGUGUAUAGACUAUUAAUGCAUGUCCACUCAAUAUAACCUUGGUUUUACAAUAUAACUGUUUAGAUUUUAUUGGUGACAUUAGAUUAGUGGUUGCAUUAAAUAACUAAAUUCCCAUUGUGAUUAUUAAUUGAAAUUUUGUCUUUAAGCAAAAUGUUACUUGUGAAUAUAAGCUUUGUGCUUAGAGAAUUGUAUGUGUUUUUAUCUGUCAUUUUGGGGGGAUGUAAACUCUGUAUCAUUAGUGAAUUCAUUUGGAUGUGCAGUCCUUUGAAAACUAUAGCUAUAGAUAUUUGAUAGGUAGUAUACAUAUUUGAUAAAGUAUUGAGUGUGAUGGUGUAUGUGUGUGUGUGUGGGUGUGUGUGUUGGAGUGGGUGCUGUUUAUCAUCACUACCAACCAAGAUUUUAUAAAGUAUUAUCUAAAUAAAUUCUGUAACCACCAUCUCAGCUGAGGAACAAAAGGCUCACCAAAUGUGGUGAGGCCUUUAGAUACAUUAUCGUUUAAUAAUUUAUUAUGGUAAAAUAUGUAACCAAAUUCACCAUUUUAAUCAUUU